CACAUCAUCAUCCGCUACUUUACAUCAUGUCUAACGAGCACGAUCUACCGGCCCCACCAAUAGGAGGUAUCAAUGGUCAACUCCUCUGUCUCACCAUUUGUGGACACCACCGUCCAGGAAUGAGCGAGGAGGAUUAUCGACAUUACAUGACGCAGGUUUCUGGACCAAUGACAAAAGAGUUAAUGGUAAAACAUGGAAUCAUUGGGUGGAAAAUGGUAAGUAAUCCGAGGCUUCACAACACGACCGAAACUCGUAAUCUCAUGCGACAACUCUUCGAUGAGCACAUGGUCAAUUUGGCCGAAUUCGACUGCUUCAGCCAAGUGACGUUCAAGAGCAUUGAUGACUACAAGCGAAUGAGGGAAAACGCUUUGUACAGAAAGCAAAUUUCAGGAGAUCACGUCAAUUUUGCGGAUACACAAAGGAGCAUGAUGACGAUUGGAUGGGUUACAGAUCUUAUCGAGGAUGGAGAAUUGGUAGAAGACAGCGCAACAGCACGUCUUUCCAAGAAAACAAUGACAACGAAGCUGCAAGCCGCUGCGAUCAUACUUGGAUCUUUUCUCUCAGGAUCUAUGAUAUCACUUUCCGCUAUAACCAUUCCCAUACUCAUGGAGAAUACAGCUGAUGCUUCCCAGCUCCUUCGUCAAUGGACACGCCUAUAUAACUACGGGAACCAGGUGCUUCCAGGUAUGGCUGUCGGGACUUUUUUAUUGUACGCUUUGGUAUGUUUCCGAAGGCGCCGAGCUGUAACGUCAAAACUAUGGCGUCUGCUUGCACUCGCCAGCCUCUCAACUGUGAGCAUCAUCCCGUUCACUUUAAUCAUCAUGAAGCCUACAAAUAAUGAAUUAUUCCGUAUGGAAUCCGUGACGAGAAUGAUUCAGUUGGAAGAAGCCGGGGGUGUCAACAUAAUGGGGAUCAAGGAAGCUGAAGAGCUCGUCGUUUGGUGGAGUUUCAUGCAUGCUAUGAGAUCUACAUUCCCUUUAGUUGGGACUAUUCUUGGUGUUGUCGCCACAUCGUGGCACUAG